AUGUCAACUACAGUAAAAACCUACUCCAGCUCCAAACCAGAAGACGUCAAGUCUGCCUGUGAGGCUCAUGGCCUGACCACGGACGAGUUCUCCCACCUGGCCAAAGGCAGUGUUGCAGCCAAGGCUACGGCGUACUGUCCAUACAGUCGCUUCCGCGUCGGUGCUACCCUUCUGUCGGGCGACGGAACCUACAUCAGCGGCGCAAAUGUGGAAAAUGCAGCAUAUCCGGUUGGCACCUGCGCCGAACGUGUCGCCUUUGGCAAGGCUGUGACCGAAGGUCACAAGACGUUCAGGGCUGUCGCCGUGGCCACUGAUAUCGCUCCUCCUGCGAGCCCUUGCGGCAUGUGCCGGCAGUUUAUUCGCGAGUUUUGCGACCUCAAGACGCCAAUCUUCAUGUUUGACAAGAACGAGGAUUUUGUCGUGCUACGAUUAGAAGAAUUGUUGCCGCUCUCCUUCGGGCCAGAAGCUUUGCCGCCACCCCAGUCCAUCAUGUAG